GUUGGGAGAGCGAGCAGCUGCAGCCAUCUUGUGUGUUGUGUGGUCGAUAUGGUGUUGGGGCGCUACGCCACCCCACGCGCUUUUCUUUCCUAAUUUGUGCUGCUUCACCAGACGCGUGUAAGUUAUUUUGGCGGGUGAAGAGUAAGUGCCGAAGAUGAGCGGAGCUAAUAGCACGCCUCUCGGAAGGAUGAAUCCAGCCAUCGGGGCCGGGAAGAAGCCCGCCCCCACGGGCGCCUCGCUGCUGAAGCCCAGCUACAUGAGUCCCGUCGGAUCAAACUCUCCCAUGGCCUCUGCUGCUUCCGCUGCUGCUGCUGCCGCCGCUGCCGCCGCUGCCGCAGUAUCCGCGCAAAUUACCCAUAACCAGUUGUCUGUCAAGCGGGAAAAUGACGAGAAAGGCGAAUCAGAACCUGAAGAGAGGAAAAGGAGAAGGAAGUCUCGCUGGCAAGGAGAUGAAAAGGACAAGACCUUCAUUCCAGGCAUGCCCACUGUGCUUCCUAGCAACAUGUCCAAAGAUCAGGAGGAGGCUUAUUUGUUGCAGCUGCAGAUUGAAGAAUUAAGUCGACGCCUUCGCUCGAACGAUCUGGGCAUCUCUCCUAAUCCUGAAGACAGAUCUCCUUCACCAGAACCCAUCUACAAUAACGAGGGAAAACGGUUGAACACUCGUGAGUACCGGACACGUAAGAAGUUAGAGGAUGACCGGCAUAAUUGCAUCACCAGGAUGCUGGCUAUCAAUACUGAUUAUAAACCUCCAGCUGAUUACAAACCUCCAGUUGUGAAGGUGUCAGACAAAGUCAUGAUUCCACAAGAAGAACAUCCAGAUAUCAAUUUUGUUGGUCUUCUGAUUGGUCCUCGGGGAAACACAUUGAAGGCCAUGGAAAAAGACACUGGAGCUAAGAUAAUAAUUCGAGGAAAGGGCUCAGUGAAAGAAGGAAAGGUUGGCCGUAAGGAUGGUGGACCCAUGCCUGGAGAGGAUGAACCUCUGCAUGCAUAUGUUACUGCAAGUAAUCCUGAAAGUGUAAAGAAAGCUGUUGACAAGAUCAAAGAGAUUAUUCGGCAAGGUGUUGAAGUACCAGAGGGACAGAAUGAUUUGCGAAGAAUGCAGCUGAGAGAACUGGCUCUGCUUAAUGGAACUUUGCGUGAGAAUGAUGGCCCAAGAUGUUCCAACUGUGGUUCAAAUGCUCAUAAGUCAUGGCAGUGUCCUGACAAGCCCAAUGUGACAAAUAAUGUAGUUUGCACAAGUUGUGGUGGUACUGGCCACAUUGCCAAAGAUUGCCGUCAAAGGCGUGGUCCUGGUGCUCCAACUUCAGUUGACAGGCAAAAGAUUGAUGAAGAGUACAUGUCUCUUAUGGCUGAACUUGGGGAGGGCCCACCUCCUCCACAGAAUAAUGACCGGAGUAGUAGACCAGCUGUGAACACAUCAACCAGGAGUCUAUUUGAGAGACCUCAAGGGGCCCCACGCCCUCUGAUGGGACCCCCUCCUCGCUCUGAACCUCAGUCUUCAGUAAAUAAUCAGUUUAACAGUAAUAAUCAGAAUCAAGGUGGGAUGAAUCAGCAAAAUUCUUGGAAUUCUAACCAAAUGGGUGGAGGUGGGGGUCCAAGACCACUGCUAGGGAACAGCAAUGGUCCACCCAAUCUCAACCAGCCCCCUCCUGGAAUGCCUUGGCAGCAGCAACAGCAGCAACAGUCUCAGCAGCAGCAAGGCCCCAAUAGUUUUCAAGGUGUACCACCACCAAACUUACUACAGGCACCGCCACCUCCUCCACCUCCAACAACUCAGAAUGGUCAACAACAGCAGCAACAACCCAAUUGGAUGGCCCAGGCUCCUCCUGGCCCACCUGGUGGGCCUCAGGGUCACCAGGGUCACCAGGGACCUGGUAAUCAUGGUGGUCCUCACAAUGGCCCACAUAAUGGACCUCAUGGGGGUCCUCAUGGUGGACCACAUGGAGGACCACCUCAUGGUCCACCCCCACAAAUGAAUCACUGGCAAGGUCCGCCCCCUGGUCCUCAUCAUGGGCCACCAGGUAUGGGAUGUCCGCCCCCCGGACCUGUACCCCCACCACGUCCUGUAGGGCCUCCACCAGGCUGGGGUUGGAAUGGACCACCACAACCUGUUGGACCACCACCACCACCACCACCAGGAGGUCCUGGUGGUCCUGGAGGACCUGGACCUCGUGGACCUGGUGGUGUUGACCUAGGAGCACUUCUUUCAGCACCACCACCACCACCACCCUCAUAAAGAAUUUACAAUAGCAGUACAAAUGAAUGCCUGCCUCUAAUAAUCAUCCUUGGUAACUGGAUAUCAUGGAUUAACAUGAAUAAUAUCAUGUACAAUUUUAGCAUCUUGGAAAUCAUAGUGUGAUUUUAAUUAAUGAAAAAAUAUAUUUUAAGGUUAGGGGGAAUUUGGAUAAUGUUGGAAGAGUGUCUUUGCUUUGUGAAUAGUAGAGUGACUGUUAGCUAGUACAAAUAAUAAGAACAGUGGUACAGACAUUUGUAAAAUUGAUGAGCACUUAUUUUGAAAAUUUUCAUCUUUAAUUAUGUUUAAAUUAUUCACUUUGGAGCUGGUCUAUUUUCAGAUUUGUUUGCUUUUAGCAAAGAUGGCAAAGAAAGACAUUAGAAACAGGAAUGUUGAUUUUUGUCAUCAAUGAAUUGAAGUAAUGCGAUGAAAAUGCAAUUUAGAAGUAACACUAGUUGCUUGAAGGAUGCAGACUGCUUUGGGUUUGGAUUUGAAAGUGUAUAGUUUUUUUUUUUUAUUUGCACUACAAAGGAUGCAGAGUCAGCAUGGUGUAAUGUUUGGAUUUUGAAGAAUAGUUCUUCUGAACCUUGUGAAUGUUAAGUGAAGAGAUAAUGAAUGAUGGAAGAUGGAACACUUGCAGUAACCACAUUGACUAUGGUUUUCUGCCUUUGUGUGAUGAAAAAAAUGAAGAGACAAUGCUUCUUAUGUAGAAAGAAUAGAGGAGGAACAAAUCUUGCUGACUCGCUGUAUUUGGUGCCUCAAGACUUCACAAUACUAAAAUGUUAUUGAAAACAAAAUAUGAAAAUAUUCUGUUGUAUUCUAUAGAUCAUAUUUUAUAGAAAAUUUGAUAACCCUUUGAAUGUUGGGCAUCUCUAAAGCAUUGCUGUAUAUCUUGUUUGGAAAAAAAUUCUUUAGCUUUACUUUUUUGUUUCAGUACUUAGAUGUAAGUAAUAUAAUCUUCUGGACUGCAUGUAUACAGGAAAUUGUGCAUAUGAUACAGAUGUAUAGAUGAAAAUAUGACUUAAACAUAGGUAAUCUAAAUGAAUAAAACUUUAGGCUAGCUGUGAAGACUACUGCUGUUAGGGAAUGCAAGGCUUAACAAAACUGAAAGACUAUCCUCCUGUCACCUCAUUCUUUAUAGUACAUUAAUUGAUGACCCUAACAAUAUUUGUUCAUGGAUAUGAAUAGGUGUUAUCUUGUGUUCCUGAUUUAUGUGUUUAAUUUUCAUGAGUUAAUGUAAUAAAGUACAACCACAGUAAAAUGACGACAAACUUAGAAAUGCAAACUUUGGUUCACUUAAUCUUAAGCUCGAAGACAUGUUGCACAUCUAGUGUUACAAAUCAGGAUAUUUAAAUAAACAAUGAAAAGUAA